CUUCUGUUCGCCGCUGUUGUAAAUAGGAUGUUUGACAUGAAGAUGUCAUACUCGUACGAGCAGCUCUUUGUCAAGCCCAACUAUCUUUCGUGGCUCAAAAACGCUCUAAUUGGAGUUUCGGUUCUGACAUUUUCCACGGUCGUCUUCUUCGCACUUCACACAUCGCCUCACCUCCCAUUCCGACCGAACGACAUCGAGACUUCAUGGGUUCCAUCAGACCCGCCAUCAUGGCCGCCGCAGCCGGCCAACGAUAGUCGAUACACCGACCGGCUCGUCAAUUACAAACCUGAACAUCCCGUAUUCAGCGAGGUGCAACCCAUAGAAACCAAGCGCCUCGCCGUGUUACUGCCAACCUUUGAUGGACAUUUCCCCCAAGUCUUUCGCUACUUUCAAUCCGUCAAGUGUCUCUGCGUCGAUCAUGACAAGGUGGAUUGGCACAUCAUUGUAUCCAACUCCGCCGAAGUCGAAGGGCUUGCGAAGCUCCUUGCGACUCUUGAAGACUGUCACCAAACUUUCAGUCGUUGGAAAACACCGAAGGAUAAUGUUCCCGGGAAGGAUCCGAUUUUUAACAUCGUGAAUCUUUACGACAUCCUUCCCGCCAGACUGCGAACGGACCUAACACCCGAAGACACGAGCGGUUUAUUGAAGAAAUUCGACAAAUAUGCUUAUCAAUCGAUCAAGAAGAUGUCUGCAGCCGAGCAUUUUGACUACGACAUGGCUAUGUGGCUUGACUCGGAGGCGAUAUUUGUCGCGCCAGGCGAAAUCAGGGAUAUCUUUAAGGGACAUCUGCAAAACCCUAUCGUAUGGCGCUCGAGAAUGUCAUUCCAGGACCGCGAGAAGUUUCUGAUGAGCAAAGCAGCGGCUACUCUCGGGCGGUCUAUCGAUUCUUUCGGUGAUCAACUUUGGUUGUUGGAAUCUCUUCAGUGGAUCAUCGAGAAGCCUAUAUGGAAUGACAUGGUCUCAUCCAUUGAGAUGGCGCACGGUGGAAACUUUUGGGAUAUCUGGAUUGAGAACUCUUAUCCCUUUGAAUUGUUGGUAUACUACCUGCAUAUCAUCGCACGCAAGAUGGAGACAGCCAAUUCGAUAUUCUCGAAUUAUCGCAUCUUAGAAACGGAGCGUGAGCUUAUUCGCUUUGGACUAGCUGAAUCUAUCUCGGCAAUGGAGGGUAGAAGAGGAACAGGAUUUAUGGAACGACUCCCUCAUCUCAUUACCAAACCGCAUUCAGUCUUGGCACCGAACUUGAUAUCAUUUUGUCAAAGCUACUCUCUUCGUGCGUUGCGAAUGGACAACAUGGAUAACUUUGAAGAGAGUGCCCUGGACAGUUUCCUGAUUGACGGAGACGUCAAGAUGCUGGUGUCGGGAGCACCAGAUAUUCACAAGUGGUGGGAUGACCGGAUAAAGAAUGGCGAGAAUAUCGGCGACACAGAAACUGAUUAUAGUUAACUUAAACGUAGUAACAAAUGCAAUACUCAACAUUCCUCUUA